AGGAACUGCGAGCUUAUCUUUGAGCAAUAGCAGAGUCGAUAUCAGGGAACCGUAGGUUGUCUACAGCUGAAAUCGUCUGCGAAGAGGCAGGUGACUGUCUGCGCACAUCCACCUCCGCUUGGCAGUCUGAAAAUACAUCGGUGGACAUUUCCUGCUGUUCCAUCUUUAUUGUCAUUUUAGAUGUUGCUUAAAUAACUACAUGCCUUUCGAUUUAAUUGUUUAGUCAGCCGACAUGGAAAACGCGCACACUAAAUCAGCAUCGGAAGUUCUAGAGAACUUCGGUGUGAACGAAAACACUGGACUGACACUUGAACAAGUGAAAAUCAAUUUAGAAAAAUAUGGACCAAACGAGCUCCCAGCUGAAGAAGGCAAGUCCCUGUGGGAGCUGGUGGCCGAGCAGUUCGAGGACCUCUUGGUUAGGAUCCUCUUGCUUGCAGCCUGCGUCUCUUUCGUGUUGGCUUUGUUUGAGGAAGGGGAGGAGACCGUCACUGCCUUCGUUGAGCCUAUCGUCAUCCUGCUCAUCCUCAUUGCCAAUGCAGUGAUCGGCGUCUGGCAGGAGCGAAACGCCGAGAACGCCAUCGAGGCUCUGAAGGAGUACGAGCCGGAGAUGGGGAAGGUGUACCGGAUGAACCGUAAAGCUGUCCAGAGGAUCAAAGCCAGGGAGAUCGUCCCCGGAGACAUCGUGGAGGUGGCAGUGGGCGACAAGGUUCCUGCGGACAUCAGGGUGACCUCCAUCAAAUCCACCACCCUGAGAGUGGACCAGUCCAUCCUCACAGGAGAGUCUGUGUCUGUCAUCAAACACACCGACCCUGUCCCGGACCCUCGCGCCGUCAAUCAGGACAAGAAGAACAUGCUGUUUUCUGGCACCAACAUCGCUUCCGGACGCGCCAUCGGCAUCGUGGUCUCCACCGCCGUCUCCACGGAGAUCGGUAAGAUCCGGAACCAGAUGGCGGCCACGGAGCAGGAGAAGACCCCGCUGCAGCAGAAGCUAGACGAGUUUGGCGAGCAGCUGUCCAAGGUCAUCUCCCUGAUCUGUGUGGCCGUGUGGGUCAUCAACAUCGGACACUUCGGAGACCCGGUCCACGGGGGCUCAUGGGUGCGCGGCGCCAUCUACUACUUUAAGAUCGCCGUGGCGCUGGCCGUGGCCGCCAUCCCAGAGGGCUUGCCGGCCGUCAUCACCACCUGCCUGGCCCUGGGCACGCGCCGCAUGGCCAAGAAGAACGCCAUCGUCAGGUCCCUGCCCUCCGUGGAGACCCUGGGCUGCACCUCCGUCAUCUGCUCCGACAAGACGGGCACCCUCACCACCAAUCAGAUGUCUGUCUGCAGGGUAGGUGGGACCAGAGGGAGGGCGGUAUAUAAUAAUGAUAGUAAGAGUAGUUAUUAUAUUAAUAAUAAUAAUAAUAAGCCUUUAUUUAUGUUGCACAUUUCAUACAAGCUAAAUAUAUGCUACUGUGCAUGCUAUUCCAUCCAAAUGUUGAAUAUUUCAGUUUGUUUGGUGUCUGGAUGUUUGUGUUCCAGACACCCUCUGCAUUUCUGCAGUGUAAAUGAUAUUAUGCUGUGUGUGAGUGUGUGUUUGUUAUAAUUGAGUGUUGUGCAA